ACGUGGUCCCGUGUUCGCCAGAGAGUUUUAAUUCGGAGUGGAACGAAAUAGUGGAAAAGGUUAAACAGCUCAUGCUACAGGAUAAGGAAACAGUUCUGCUGUACGCGGUGAGCCUGAUCACGGAACUGCACCAGCAGUUCAAGAGAAACGAGGUUCUUUUGAAAACGGUGAAAAAUACAAUGGAAGCGAAGGAGAUAUUGCAACGGAACGUGAUUGAUGAAAACUUAAUCACGUCGCACAUCGAAGAAAUAUCGGAAAAAACGGCACCGAUGGAAGACGCUCUUAGCCAGAAACACCAGGCCAUUUCGGCAAAGUGUGCUACGAUUGAUACGAUACGUGCGCAGCUAAAACAAGAUAGCAAAAGUAGCCGUUCAAUGCUCGACGUCAUGAGCAAGCACAUCGGUUCCUUGGACGAAAAGUAUAAAUGCCUUCACCAGGAUUACGAGACGAAUCUGAAGAGGAUGAAUGACAUACACAAGGAACUCGAUACACUGCAAUUGAAACACAGCAAAGCAUUAACCGAUAACGUCGUGGUGGCGAAGGAGCGACAUGAACUGCAGGAAAAAUAUAAUUCGAUGGUAGCUCGCAUUCAACUGACGCUGGCCGAAAAAGAUAAUGAACGUAAGCAACGGGAGCAGGUGCUGGAGAGAGAAAAGCAGCAGUUAGUAGCGAGAAACUGCGAUUCAGAAGGGGAAAUUGCAGCCUUAAAACAACGCAUCGUCGAUCUGGAGACACAAUAUGACAAGCGUAACACUAUUUGUGAUGAGAAGGUGUCUGCGCUGGAGUAUAAAGUCUUGAAUCUCGAAGGCGAAAAAAAGGCACUGCAGUUGGAUAUAAGAAACCUGGAAGAGCAGAUCGUCCGGAAAAACCAAGAGAUGAAAAGUCGUUCAGAUAACAAGCAAAGUAACCAGAAUAUUGUACGCCCUCCAGAAAAUCGUAACUUCGUUGUUCCGGCGGAAAUACAUCCCACAUCCAUCAAGGGCAUCGGGAGUCGUUCGAGUGGAGGGAAAAAUAAACCGAAUAAUGAAGAGGCCGCUGCAAAUACCUUCACUGUUCCGGCGGGUGCACGCCGCACGUUCACUAACCAAACGGAGAGUCUAUCGGACGAAAGACAAAAUAAUCCUAUCAACGCAAAGUCGACAGCAAGCAAGUUCGUCAUUCCGACAGGCAUACGACACCAACUUUUCAAGCAAUCGGACAUAUUUUUGGGUGAAAGACAAAAUAAUGCGACAAACGUACAGCACGCUGCGAUUAACUCGCCUUUUCCAACGGAUGUACGUCGUCCAUUCGCCAGGGAAACGGAGAGUCGCUCGGACGAAAGGCAAAGCAAUCCAACAACUGAUAAAGCCACUGCGAGCUUAACUGUUGUUCCGACGACCGUUCGUCUCCCGUGUUCAAAAAAUCAACAAAUCAAUCGUGCUCCUUCACGAUCUAGUUUCGAUCUUGAUUUGGAGCAUUCAUUUCACUAUGACAACGCGACGGAUGUGCCAAGCAUUUCGCGUAUGCUCACUGCUCGGCAAAAGGAGUAAGGCUACUUCAUUUUUCAGCGCUGGAAAGCACAUUACACUUCAAUUAAAUCUCUAUUAUUAAUGAGCACUCAAAUGUGGUGGUGGGUUAUCGAUAAGGACGAUGCCAAAUUGUA